AUGAUCUCUCUUCUCAGCCAUGCUGCUGAGAGCAACUUCCACACAGUCCUGGACACGCUCACCAUGUUUGCGUCCAGGCUGUGCAAAGGCCAAAAUGGGAGGAUUUCCAGACGCAAGAAGAUGGAGCUGGACAGCAGAAGAGCUCAGGCCACCCGCAGCGCUCUCAUCCUCGCCCACGGCAGCUUGGCACUGCGUGCCUCCAAAGAACAGCUGCUGGCCCGCCUGGAGGGAGACAUGGUGGGCAACAUCCUGCUGCUCUACAGCUGCAGCUGCCGGGACCUGCAGAACACGCUUGCGCUGCUGCAGAGCAUCACAGACUUCAGCUCUGCCUUCCAGGCAGUGGGUGACUCUGCCUGCUUUAACCCCUCCUUGAAGGGCAAGCUGCUGGAGAUCCUGACGGUGAGUGCCUAGAGCCAGGGAUGUCUG